CCUCCUCCUCCUCCUCCUCCUCCUCCUCCUCCUUCUCCCCCCGCCCACCGUCGGACGCAGCCGGCCCCGCUCGGGCGCCAUGAGCUCCAGGGCAUCCAGCACCACCCGGAGGCAGGCCGCCUCUCCCGAGACGCGCCGCAGCCGCUCGCGGGCGGAGCGCCCGGGGCGCCGCAGCAGGUCGGCCGGCCGCGGGAAAGCGCAGCCUGGCCAGGGCCAUGCGAAGAGUCAAGAGGCGCCCCUCGCGCUCGGCGCGCGGCGGCGCCCGCGGCGGCCGCGGCCGCUCGCCGCAGCGGUGGGCGACCGCCGGCUCGGGGCCGAGCUCUCCGGCGCGCUCGGCCACGCCCUCGCCGAGGAGCCCGCGGGCGCCCGCGGGCGCCGCGGGGCGCAAGCCCGCGAAGAGGGGCGCGGGCGCGUCGGCGGGCUCCUUCAAGGCCUUCGUCCUCGGGCUGGACCUGCUGGUGACCCCCGAGGACGCCGUCGCGAAGUGGCAGGAGCACGUGCAGGCGCUGGCCGUGGAGGACCUGGAGCGCCUGCAGGGUACCGGCGUGUACUUCGACCUCUACCACCCCCUCGCCGCAGUCAGGCGCCACGAGCGGAGGCUGCGCGCGGCGCGGCAGAACGCGGAGGUCUUCAUGAGGGACCUGCAGGAGAAGCGCUACGAGGCCCUCCGUCUGAGCACCGCCGCGCAGGGGCCCGGCGACCGCGAGGGUGCCACGUGCCGGACCACCGGGCACAUGAAGCCGCCCCACUUCGCCUUCGACCCCAACGUGAAUUCUGUGCUGUUCUCCAAGGUCUCCCCCCACGUGCGCAUGUGGCACCUGCACGAUGCCUUGCAGAAGUGCCUCGGCCUCGUCAGCUUCUCCUUCACCGACCCGGCGCCCGGCUCGCUGGUGCGAGAGGCGCGGGCUGGCUUCGAGACUGCGGAGGCGGCGCAGGCCGCGUUGGACCUCUGGCUGUCGGGCGAGCGGUCGCUGCAGGGGCACUCGCUGAGCCCCUCGGAGCCGGUGCCCCGGGAGGGCCUCAAGGCGCUUGCCGUGCCGCCCGAGAUGUCUCUCCCGGGCCGCAUCUGCAAGGACGCCGCGCUGUCGGCGCAGGUGGUGCGCCGCCUGGACGGCCUGACCGGCGUCCCGGCGUCGGUGACGGAGAGCCUCCUCGCUGGCGGCGGGUCGGAGGAGGCCCGGCUCGACCUGCGGGUGCUGUACCUGCGCAGGGUGCACCACUUCUGCUUCUACGCGGCCGAGUGGUGCCCCGACGAGUGGGAGCUCAGCGAGCGCUGCGGCGCGGGCAUGGUGCGCACCGCGGUCGGGGAAGAUGCUGGAGCAGUGGCGCCGGGUCCGUGGACCGAGGCACACGAGCAGAGGCUCGCCGCGUUCCUCGAGACGAGCGGGCUCCAGCAGCCCGUCCCCAUGAGCAGUGACGAGCAGGUGACGUUGGACAAGAAGGCUGCCGAGCUUAUUCAAGAGAAGACCAAGCAGAUCGCCGAGGGCAAGUACCAAUGCACGGCGUGCAGCAAGCUCUUUCGUGGACCAGAAUUUGUCCGCAAGCACCUUCACAAAAUGCACAUGGACCUCUUCGAGACCAUACAAGAAGAGAUCCACGCAGAGGCUGCGCGCAAGGCAUUCCUUGCAAAGCCCAUCCGCUCGGCUGGGAUGCAGCAGCGGAAGGUCGCGUAGGACACUGCACCCGUUGGAGUUCAGAAGAUGGCCAGCAGGCAGUUGCACAAUUCACGGAUUCCCAUGGCUGUUCUUGACAGGGUCGUCGAUGCUCGCUGGCCCAGGAGGUCAGAAGAGUUCCCUGCGCUGGGAUCAUGAUAUAGCUGCAGUCGCCAGUGACGGUGCCAGCCAGGCCGUCCUUUCCCGACCCGCAGGGCACUAAGACUGCACGCGACCCUCAAUCUUUCAGGAUUCGCUUCGGCGCUUGCCGAAAGUACGUCGAGGCCAGGGGGGAGGAUGCAGACGGCUGCCCUGGCGACAUAUGUUGGUAGAUUCGCCAGGAGAGCAGGUCAUCAUCCUCUCUGCUCGAUCUCAUCCCUUUCGUCUUGUCGCCCUCGCCCUCGUCCCUUCCUCCCUUCUCGCAGGGUGCACGGGCACCGCCCGCCGCCGCCGGCACACGAGGUGCCGAGGCCUCGCGGACCAGGGCUGUGGGAGUUGCCCGUCCGUGAGGCCGCCAGGGAGAUCCGUCUUCACGAAGACCAGAA